AUGCAUCCUCUCCUGAUGUGCUCUGUGCUCCUGGGAUCUCUUUUAGUAGGCGCUGCACCCUCAGAUGAUGAGGUCAAAUACUUGCCGGGGCUGAGAAAGCAACCAUCUUUCCGCCAGUUCUCGGGCUACCUGGAUGUGCCUGGAGGAAAACAUCUCCACUAUUGGUUUGUUGAAUCUCAGAAGAAUCCCAGCUCUAGUCCUCUGGUCCUGUGGCUGAAUGGAGGUCCUGGUUGUAGCUCACUGGAUGGCUUGUUGACAGAACAUGGCCCCUUCCUGAUCCAGCCAGAUGGAGUGUCACUGGAAUACAAUGAUUAUUCCUGGAACAAGAUUGCUAAUGUUCUAUACCUUGAGGCUCCAGCAGGCGUGGGCUUCUCCUACUCAGAGGACAAAAAUUAUAAGACAAAUGACACAGAGGUUGCACAUAACAACUAUCUGGCUUUGAAGCAAUUUUAUACACUUUUCCCAGAAUACAGUGCAAAUGAUCUUUACAUCACAGGUGAAAGUUAUGGUGGUGUGUACGUUCCAUCACUGGCUGUGGAGGUGUCACAAGAUUCCACUAUAAACCUGAAGGGAAUUGCUGUUGGCAAUGGAUUAAGUAGUUAUGAAAGCAAUGACAACUCUCUGAUUUACUUCGCCUACUACCACGGAAUAUUGGGCAGCAACCUUUGGGAAGAGCUGCAGAAAUUCUGUUGCCAGGGAGGGACAUGUCAGUUCUACAAUAACGCAGAUGCAAACUGCUCUCUGAGGGUCCAAGAAGCCAUGCAUGAUGUAUACAGUAUAGGACUGAACAUUUACAAUCUGUAUGAGGCAUGUUCUGGAGGAGCCCCUGGCGAGGUUCGGGAUAAAGGAGAUCACAUUGCUGUGCAUUUACCAGGCCUACUGUCUCCAAAGAUGCACGCUCAGUUCGACAAGAAAUUGAUCUUACUAUCCACUCUCGAUAAACCUGUGACAUUAGACCCUCCCUGUGUGAACAGUACAGCUUCCAGCACCUUCUUGAAUGAUCCCUAUGUGAGGAAGGCAUUGCAUGUAUCCCCCGAUGUGAAUAAAUGGGAGGUCUGCAGUUUUGAUGUGUACCGAAACUAUGGCCGCGUAUAUGAGAGCAUGAAGGAGCACUACCUGAAGCUGCUUGGCACUAUGAAAUACCGAAUCCUAGUAUACAAUGGAGAUGUAGACAUGGCCUGCAACUUCUUGGGUGACGAAUGGUUUGUGGAUUCCCUGCAACAGAAGUUGCAGGUACAGCGCCGCCCGUGGCUUUACACCGUUGGGGACCAGCAGCAAAUUGGUGGAUUUGUGAAAGAAUUUUCCAACCUAACCUUCCUUACAAUAAAGGGAGCCGGACAUAUGGUGCCAACGGAUAAGCCCAGCUCUGCCUUCACCGUGUUCAGCCGCUACAUCAACAAUGAGCCUUUUUAAAUCCGAAUAGGAAAUCUCAUUCUCCAGCGAUAUUUAUUUAGCCGAAAACCAGAAACCAUCAUGACUGUUAUUCGGCUUUACUGUAUAAAGCACCAAACUUGGCAGCAGGGUUGUUGUCUGAUCUGUUUCAGUGUUCUUGCUAAUAUGCCUCUUCAUCUCGCAAUACUGAGGAUGCUGGCACAUACAUACUCCCCUCCCUGACACUUGA